GGUGGGCUCUAUCCGCAGUGGGUUUGGGGGUCCCCAGGUAGAGUUAGGCUGGAGGUUCCUGGAUGGGGGUGCAUUGGGGGGGCGAGGCGGAGUCAGGGUUAUUCCAGCGGCAGGGAUGCACGGAGGAGCCGAUCGGGUUUCGGGGGGUCUCAGGCCAGGUUAGGGGUUUCCGGGCAGAUUGGGGCUGUGGGGGGGUCCCGGCCUGGGCAUGCCUCGGUCGCGCGGAGCUCGGAUCCGCUGCCCGGCACCGCCCGGCGCCGCCUGCGUCUCGGCGUCCCCCUUGGCGGGGCCCCGUCCUGCGUGAGCGGCUCCAGCCCAGCCCGGUGGCCGGAGGCGUCUAGCGGGACCGAGCCGCUGCGGCCCAUGGGGGGGCGAGCCCCAGCGCCCGGCACGGGGAGCGCACGGGGUGCGCCAUGGAGCCCGAGCCAGUGGAGGACUGUGUGCAGAACACACUCUCGGCCCUGUACCCGCCCUUUGCAGCCACAGCGCCCACCCUGCUGGGGCAGGUGUUCGAGGUGGUGGAGCGGACGUACCGGGAGGAUGCCCUGCACUACACCAUUGAGUUCCUCAUACCGGCCAAGCACAUCCUGGCACGCAUUCAACAGGAGGCCUGUGCCCAGUACAGCGGGUUUGUGUUCUUUCACGAGGGCUGGCCGCUCUGUCUGCACGAGAAGGUCGUGGUGCAGCUCAGCUCCCUGCCCUGGCAGCAGCUGUGUCCUGGCGACUUCUACCUACAGGUGGCCCCCUACCUGUCUCGUGCCCCCCGCCUGGUGCUCAAGUGCCUGUCGCCGGACGGGCGCAGUGUGCAGGAGCUGCCGGUGCUGCCUGAUGUCUACCCCUUCCUCUUCACUGCCGAGUGGCUGAACGGCAUCAACAAAGACCGGCGGGCUGGGCGGCUGGAGCGUUGCCUGCUGGCAGCUGAAGAGCGGGUGCUGCGCCUGCCCUGGACCGAACUCAUCUGCCCGCAGUUCGUGCACCAGGGCAGCUUCAUGGUGGGGCGGCGUUGCCUGCCGGGCCCCAGCCCUGAGGUGCUGGGUGCUCGCAGCCCUGGGGACGGGCGCCACUCAGGCGGGGAGAGCCAGGAGGCGGAGGGUGGGGGCCUGGAGGGGGAGUACGUGCAGCUCCUGGAAAUCAGCCCACCCCGUCACGAUGCCCCCCCAACCCCAGUGUCCCCCAGUUCCCAGAGCCGCACCCUGCCCGCCCGCAAGGGCCAGGGCAAAGGCCGCAACCGGCGCCACCGUGCCUGGCUGCACCACAAGCCCAGCCGGGAGGAGACUCUGCCCAGGAACCGGCCCCGCAGGACCUGGGAAGGGGGGCAGCCCGGGGCAGAUCCCAGCCAAGCAGGGCUCCUCCGGGGCUGGGACCUACAGAGGCCAUACGGGGAGAUUGGAGGGCCGAGGGUCAGCCAGGGGGAUGGGCAGGAUCGGGGAAGUCCUGCACACAAAGUGGCAGCACAGAGUCGGGGCAAAGGGGGGCGUCUGCCUGGGGAGAGGCAGUGGGGAGGAGACACUGGGGAGAGGGCAGGGGAUCCCAGUCUGGGGGACGAGCAGCGGGGUGGGGACCCUCCGGAGGGGCAGCAGGAAGGGGAUCCCAGCCUCAGGGAGGAGCAGCGUGCUGAGGACCUUGGGGAGGGGCAGCAUGUGGGGGACCCCAGCUUCAAGGAGGAGCAGCGGGGUGGGGACCCUGAGGAGAAGCAGCCGGAUGGGGUCCCUGAGGAGAGGCAGAAAAGAGGGGAUUGCAGCCUCGGGGAGGAACAGCAGAGCAGGGACCCUGGCUCCCCAGCCAUCUCUCCCCAGCCCAGCACUGUGGCUGAGGUGCAGGGGCUUAGUGAGGGAGGGGGGCAGGUGGCCUGGCCAGCUGCAUGGCCUAGCCCCGGGCAGCAGGCACAGAGCCAGGGCCUUUCGAGGCCGAGCAGCCCCCUACAUGAGGCUUCCAGCGCAGACCUGAGGCCAGCCAGAGCAGAGCCACCAGGAGCCAGGACUAGCCCCCAGCAAGGGGCCAUUGGGGACCCUGCUGCCGGGCUACUGCACCGGGCUGCCAAGGGCAACCGCAGAAGGAGAAAGUGGGGAGGGAGAGCCUGCCCCACUAAUGUGGAUUGGAAGGAGCCUGGGUCUCCUGGGACAGGGGUGGGGGAUGUCGCGACUGGCACCAAAGAGGGGGGUAUCCCUCCUGGCACUGGACUCCCUAUUGUCCCCACCCCAGGAGAGGGGGAGGCCCCCCCCCCAGGAGAGGGGGACAUCCCCCUGAGCACCAAAAAGGAGGACAGCCUCUCUGGCACCAGACUGCCCAUUACCUCCACCCCAGGAGAGGGGGAUGUCCCCCCCAGCACCAAAGAAGGGGGUGUUCCCCCCAGCAGCACAGAGCGGGACAGCCCCUCUGGCACCAGACUCCCCGUUGCCCCCACCCCAGGAGAAGGAGGCGUCCCCCCGAGCAGCACAGAGCCAGACAGCCCCUCUGGCACCAGACUCCCCGUUGCCCCCACCCCAGGAGAGGGGGCCAUUCCCCCCAGCCAAGAGGAAGAGACUCAUGCUGACUGCCCCGGGCAGGGGGCCCUCACAGCAGCCCUGGCAGAGGCUGCAGUCCCCACAGGCACAGAGGAAGAGGCUACCCCCAGAUCCCUGGAGAGGACGGAGGCCAUUGGUGCUGGCACAGCUCCCUUUGUGAAGAGUGCUUUGCCCCUCACGGGGGGUGCAGGAACCAGCUGCCCCGUGGAAUCCUUGCCCCCCACCUCGGCCCCUGUGGGGCAAGAUGUAGACUGGGAGCUUUUGCGCUCAGGCAUCUUUCAGCUGACAGGUGGAGUAGACCUGAUGGGAAGGGCCUUGCUGACCGUCACCCCACAGCCCCCAGGGGAGCCAGCCCCAGCCCAGGGGGAGCUGAGCCAGGCCGUGCUAUACUUGCAUUCGCUGCUCAGGAAGGAGCAGCAGGAGCUGGGGCUGACGGUGCUGCUGGAUCUGCGGCAAGGGGGGGCUCUGUCCCCCCACCCCCCUGCACUGCUGCCAGCCCUGCAGGAGCUGCAGGAGGUGUCACCAGCUCCUGUGAGCCGCCUGCUGGUGCUGGCCCCACUGGAGGGCCGUGAGGAGCUGCCCCUCAUUCAGGAGGCACUUGUGCUCUCCCCAAGCGACCUGUCCCAGUUCGUGGACCCGGAGCAGCUGCAGCCAACUCUAGGUGGGACCCUGCAGCACUCGCAGACCCAGUGGGUGGAGAUGUGCCAGGCGCUGGAGCGGCUCUGCAGGCUCUGCCAGGGCGUGAUCCAGUCGGUGCAAGUGGCCAGUGCCAAGUUGGAGGCAUCAGAAUUGGCCGAGAGCGAUGAGGCGCUCUCUGUGCGGAUCUCCGGACACAAGGAUGCCAUGCAGAAGCUGUUGUCAGACCCACGGUUGCUGGAGUUGCAGAGCAGUGGGGGGUCCCUGCUGGCUCAACUGCCCUCAUCAGGGACCUGCAGUGGCCAAGCCACAAGGGCUGCCAGCUUGUAUCAGGAGGUGGACGACGCCAUUCAUAGGCUGGUGCAGCUCAGCAAUCGGUGCCUGGGGCAGCUGGAGCAGGAGAGGAGCCGCCGGCAGAUGACACAGGCGGUGGGCUGGCUGGCUGACCAUGGGGAGCAGGCGCUGGCAGGAUUCACCCCCAUGGGGGUGGGGGAUUCGUUAUUGACCGUGGAGGAGAUGCUGGCGAAGUUUGAGGCUUUUCACACCCUUGCCAAGGAAUGGCUGGCCCGGGGCCAUGAGGCUCUGCAUCUGGCUGGUGACGGGGACCUGGCCGCUGAGGGGCAGCAGCUGGAAAGCUUUGAGCACCGGCUGGAGAGCUGUGCACACACCAUGCACAAUGCCCUGCGGCUGCACCGCUUCCUGCAGCAGGCUCAGGACUGGGCCCUGGAGGGCGUCCGGCGCCUGUCAGCCAUUGAGGAUGGCGCAGGGCCGGAGGAGGUGCUGGGGGCGCUGGGCCGGUACUGCCAGCAGCAUGGCGAGAUCUCGGACAGCGCCUUCCAGGAGAUGCGUGGGCUGGCAGUGCAGAAUCCCUGGGCGCUGCGGGAGUUGGGGCGCUGCCGGGCCCGCUGCCAAGAGCUGGGGCGUCUCCUGCAGCGGCGGCUGGAGGUGGCAUUGCAGACUGGGCCCCCGCCCCGGCGCCGUGCUGACAGCACCAGCACCUCCUGCUCACCGCAGCGCCCAACGACGGGCCUGGACACCAGCCUGGGCUCCUCCCGCAGCAUGAGCUGCCUGCUGCCCCCACCUGGCAGCCUCUCCCCUGGCCUGUGCGAGGUGCCCUCUUGCCACUCACUGGCAUCUCCUAGGGACCCCAUGGAGAACAGCGACGAAGAGCGGAGCCCCCCUCCCCCCAGCACUCCCACCGCUGCCUUCUUCCAGGCACCCACGCUGCCUCUGGGCACGCUGCCCCCCUGCCAGCCUCCCCCCAAGGGUCCCCCCAGCACGCAGAGGGCGCUUAGCGAGCCUGGCCCCAGCCCUCCCCGCCCCAGUGUCCUCAUCCGCGGGCUGGAAGUGAGCAGCCAGGAGGUGGUGGACCGGACCUGCUCGCCCCGGGAGCACGUGAUGCUGGUCCGCAGCAGCGCCCAGAGGGCUGAGGCGCCGUGGGGGGGCACGCCCAGCACUGAGCGGAAACGCCGCCUGGGCGCCCAGCAGAGGCUGGUAGCAGAGCUGAUUGCCUCGGAGCAGGAGUAUCUGGGCUGCCUGGCUGAGUUGCUGCCCCUGGAGCUUCCCCCCGAGCUGGGACGCGAGUGCAGUGCCUUGGAGGGCACCCACGACCGGCUGCUGGGCUUCCACCGCACCUACUUCCUGAAGGAGCUGCAGGGCUGCGCCAGCCACCCACUCCGUGCAGGGGGCUGCUUCCUGCGAUAUGCGGACCAGUUCAGUCUCUAUGCUAUCUACGUGAAGAACCGGCAGAAGCUCGAAGCGGCACUGGCCUCUCAGCAAGCUGCCAACAAGAUGGCACACAGCAGCCUAGAAGGUCCCUGGGAGGACACAGCACUGGCAAGUGCCCUGCAGAGGCCCCUGGAGCAGCUGGAGCGCUAUGGGCACUUUCUGGAGGAGCUGCUGCAGGAGACGGACCCGGAGCAGGUGACAGAGCGCGAGGCCUUGCGGGCAGCGCAGCAGCUGCUGGAGUCCCAGGUGCAGCAUGGCAGGAACCUGCUGGCAAUGGAGCAGAUCCGGGGCUGUGAGCUGGAGCUGAAGGCGCAGGGGCAGCUGCUGCACCGGGAUGAGUUCACGGUGCUGCGCGGGCGCCGCAAGUGCCAUCGCCACGUCUUCCUCUUCGAGCAGCUGCUGCUCUUCAGCAAGCGCAAGGGCACUGAGGGCGGCUUGGAUGUCUACGUCUACAAGCAGGCCUACAAGACGGCGGAUAUGGGGCUGACGGAGAACAUCGGGGAGAGUGGGCUGCGAUUCGAGCUCUGGUUCCGGCGUCGCAAGCUGCGCGAAGCCUACACGCUGCAGGCCUCUGCUCCCGAGGUGAAGCACAAGUGGACCAGCGCUGUGGCCCAGCUGUUGUGGAGGCAGGCCACGCUCAGCAAGGAACUGCGCACCCAGGAGAUGGUCUCCAUGGGCAUCGGGGACAAGCCCUUUGUCAGCAUCCAGGGCCCCAGCCAGGCCCUGCUGAGCAGCCUGCUCACAGGCAGAGCCGCCCGCACCCGUGCCUCGGUGGCCGUCUCUUCCUUCAGCCCCUGGUCCGGGGCCCCAUGCUCCCCACCAGCUGCCACAUCGUCUCCCCGUCCCAGCCCUGCCCCCCUGGGCCUGAUCUGCGAUACCAGCACAGUGUCCCCUGAAUCAGGGCGCUCCCCUGGGGCCUGCUCACUGCCAGGGCACCUGGAGGAGGAGGAGUGGGAGCUGGACAUCAAGCACAUCCCGUGCGCGUGCGAGACAGCCGCUGGUUCAGGAGCUGCUCUGGCUCUGGGGGAGCCAUCCCCCAGGCGGGCAGAGUCGCCAGGGGGUUCUGCCCCAGUGCAGCGCCGGCCGAGAGACGGCCACGCCCCCCCCGACUUGGCGACCCCGCUCUGACCCUGGUGCCGAGAGCUGGGUCUGGAGCCUGCACAGGAAGCUGUUUGCCUCUCGUGGCUGCAUGGGGCAGGAUCGGAGCCCUGGGGCCGCCAGGAAUAGGACAGUCUGAGCCCCUGGCAGACCCCUGGCACCGCACCCCACAGGCUGUACCCUAUGGAUCCUCCCCUCCCCUGCACCCCACAGGCUGUUCCCCACAGAUCCUCCCCUCCCCACCCACUGCAUGGAGCCACCAGACGACCCCCAGCCACUGCCCCAUGGGUCCUCCCCUUACCCUUCAUGGGCCGACUAGGGCCCUGUAGCUACAAUGUGGGGUGGGGGAUGGGUAUCAGUGGAGGGCUCAGCGCCCCAUGGCCCAGGAGGAGAAAGACAGUGAUGGUGUGGGCAGGAAACCCAUCUGGCCUGAGCGUCAGAGCAGCAGGGCUGGCGUGGGGCUAGAAGGGCCGUGAUAGCUGCACCCUGAGUACGGCCUGGGACUGCCCCAGCACCAGCUCCUGAAUAGCACGAGGACCUUGCUCUCAUGGACCCCGAGUGUGCCCACCCCUGGCCCCACACACUCACUGAGCUCCAUGUGCAUGUGCACAGACCCCAUGAGGAUUGCCACU